AUGGGCACAGCACUUCUCAGCAUGACAGCAUACAACCCUGCGGCCAAUGAAAUGGUGAAAAGGGCCCACUGUUCGUUAAAAGUAGCACUGAUGGCACAGUGUACCAACAAAAACUGGAAGGCGCAGCUGCCCUUGGUCCUGCUAGGGCUUCGAACAGCACCAAAAGUGAACGGUGAAGAAUCUCUUGCAGAAAAAGUCUACAGGGAAGACUGUCAGACACAUAACUACAUCCCAGAAGGCCUAGUAACCUGUCCACACGUCUUCCUAAGAGACAAUUCCCACCACCCACCCCUAUCCAGACCAUGCAGAGGCCCAUACCAUAUCAUCACAAGAAACUCCAAGGCCUACCUCGCUGAAAUCCACGGACGUGAAAACUGGGUAUCCAUUGACAGGUUAAAGCCAACCUUCCUGAUGGAUAACGAAACCUGGGGGAAGACCAGCAGACAUCCAAGAAUUCCUCCACAAAACAAGACCUUAAGCGAAGAAACUGACAUCCCAAGACAAGGUCGAGGUCGUCCCAGGGGCCGGACUAAAGACGGCAUCCUGGCAUUCCUGCCGGAUGACUCAAUAGUCAAGACCGCCCCACGACCACAAAUAUCAAGAACUCAGGGACAGCUACUGAUACCAACAUGA